CUGGGUUUCAAUGUGGUACCAAAGUUUCAGACGCCCUUUCGUGUUGAAUCUUCAGAGAGAAUCUAGUGUGGUUAACAGGGGGGAGAGAGAGAGAGUGAUGGGAUGAAUUUAGAUACAGAGAGCGAUGAGAUGCAUUUAGAGAGAGAGAGAGAGAGAGAGAGAGAGAGAGAGAGAUGGGGAUGCGUUUUUUGAAGCAUUAGGGUCACAGGGAGGUCUAUUCAGGAGUUCGAAUGGCAGAAAAUAAUAGCGAGGACUCGUCGUCGCCACCUAAGAAGAGAAAACCCCGACUCAUCGCUUUUGUAGGGGAUUUCCUCAUUUCUCACAGCUAUGCUGUCAGCGUGUUUUGUUGUUUUGCAGGCUCUGUCGCCCUCUUGCUCUUACCCAUCCUCGCAAAGAAUACCUAUCUAUCUGAGAAUGCUCUCAUGCCGGGUUCUGCAAAACCGACAUUCUCCAGUCAAGAGGCAGUGACAGCAAAGGAAUUGAUAAAAGAGCUUAUUGAUUGGAAAAUUAUUCGGGAUGAAAAUAGAAUGCAAACCUAUGAAAUUAUAGCCAAUCACAUGGCUGAAACUGGUGCUGAUGUUUACUACCACAGUUUCUACUCUCGAAAAAAACAAUUUCAUCCAAUGAGCUUCUUUAUGGGGGCACCCAUGGAGGAUAAUAACAAUCAUUCUUCUACACAUGCCGUUAACUCGGUUGGCAUCAUAAGAGCUCCUCAUGGUGAUGGGAAGGAAGCAAUUGUGUUGGUUUCACCUUACAAUUCAGAUAAAAUGGAACUAAGUGAUGCCCUGUCAGUAGGCCUUGCUUACUCAAUAUUCUGCCUCCUUGGCCGAGCUGCAUGGCUUGCCAAAGAUAUUGUGUGGCUGGCAGCUGAUUCAAAAUUUGGAGAAUAUGCUUCAGUUGCAGAAUGGCUCAAACAGUACCAUGAUCCAGUAUUUAUCGGAAAGAAAUUAAAUUUUCACCCAGUUGAUGGGGAUAUUCAGUUUGUGAGGGGCAUUUCAGAGGACUUUAAACGUGCUGGCACUAUGGCAGCUGCAAUUGUCUUUAAGGUUUUAGAAACAUCACAGGGGACUGGGACGGAUAAUGUUAAUAUAUAUGCGGAGUCGUCUAAUGGCCAGAUGCCAAAUCUGGACCUCAUUAAUAUCGUGCAUUAUUUGGCAGUUCAUAGGCAUGGAUUGCAUGUUGAAGUGGGAAAGUUAUCUUCUUUACUUAAUUCUCUAUGGCUAAAGAUGGUUGGCAAAUUUCUAGAAGGAGUGAGCAACAUUGUGGGAAGCUUAAACCCUAAGUGGAGAUUUGCACUCCCUGUACUGGAUUAUGUUGAAGGAACAGCUGUCCUUGCAAGCUCAGUAUAUCACCAGGCCCUUGGUGUGCCCACCGGUCCCCAUGGUGCUUUUCGAGACUACCAAAUCGAUGCCAUUACCCUUGAGAUAUCACCAAGAGUCUCUUUGAACAGUGAGAUGGCCCGCUCUUCUUUUCUUGUGAGAGUUGGCAGGUUGAUUGAAGGAAUAGUCCGGUCAGUGAAUAACCUCCUUGAGAAGUUCCAUCAAUCCUUUUUCCUCUACUUUCUAACCUCCCCGAGUAAAUUUGUCUCGGUCGGAGUCUAUAUGAUACCUUUUGGGUUGCUUGUUAUGCCCCUACCCAUACUUGCUGCUGCACUCUAUUCUGGCAAAGCUUCAGAGGCCUUAGUUCAGAAGUCAGACCCCUUCAACACGCAAAAAAGCUACAAAGCUUCGCAAGAGAACCCGUUCCCCUCUGUUGGGUCAUGGAAAUGGAUUCAUGCUGCAAAACUAGUCUUUGCAGUUCACUUAUGGGCAACCAUCAUUUCAGUACUGCCCUCUCUGAUCUACCAAGCCUCAUGCACGAACACCACGACCAAUUUCUUGAUCUGGAUUGCGCUUUCUAUACCCUCUUUCUUCUUCUUUUACUGGAUUUCUCUCUCUUCUUACUUUCAUUCUAAUGAUGCUGGGUGGGCUAUCCUCAAAGCCUUAACGAUUGGGGCUGCAUCUAUUGGAUUAGGCCUGAUGUCAAUUAUAAACUUCGCUACUGCUCAGAUUGGAGCAAUUUUCUUGGUUCCAAUGUGUCUUAUGGUUCAUCCUUUGAGGCAAAUAUACAGAGGUGCAGGCUUGGGGGAACUCUUACAUAUGGUCUCCAAUGUGGUACUUGGGUUGAUUGGCUUUCCCCCUGCUUCAUUUAUCUUGCUAAAAGGUUGGUCACAGGGUUUUGAGGAGGUCAAUAUGGGUGAUCUCUGGGUCUGGGUUGAAAAUUUAUGGUCUUGGAAUAGUGCCACUUAUCUCUACUUGCUUCUUGUCCAUCUUCCUUGUUGGGUAUUAUGCUUAAUUGUCCUCUUACAUCCUUAAUAUGAUCCUGUGUUUUGGUGGUUGAAACACAAUGUUGCAUGUGUUUCUGGUGAGAGAAGCUUAUGUAGUUUGUUUUAACAUGAAUUGCACAAAUGCAAGCAGAUCCACGUAUAAUAGAGCAUGAGCUAUGUAACAAUUUGGUUAAGUUGCAAGAAUUGUUAACCUCCUUGAAUUACUGCUGUUGACGCAUAUGUUAGUGUUUUUUUGA